CUCGAGUGAGAUACAAAUUCAAAACGAAAAAAACGAAGAAAUUAUUAUAUCAGAAGCUUAGUUGAAUAAAGUUUUGAACAGACAAUUACAACAUCACAUCACAUAUUUUGGAAAUUCGAAAGUACUGUUUAUGCCUUUUCUAAUCCAGACCAUCAGACAAUUCGUUACUUAUGUACAGACGGACGAUCCCGGAUUGACCUGUAUUGCACACGCUUUCCAUCUGUAUCAUCUGAGUUCAAGAUACGAGUUAGACCAUUUAAGAAAGAAAUGCAGAUCAUUUAUCAUUCGGCAAAUAAACCUGCAUACCGUCUGUUCAAUUCACGAUUUUUCACGUAAGAUCGGUGAUCCGGUCAUAACUUAUUAUUGCUGGCAAGCUUUCGACGAACACGGAGAAAGACUAUUCACAACAGUCGACUUUAUGUGCUGUAAAAUCGCAACAAUUGAUAGACUGCUAUCUCGAGCGAUAUACGAAUCUGUCAGUGAAUUGCGUUUACUCCAAGCCGUGUAUUAUUGGAGCAUAGAAGAGGUUCAAAGAAAAUUUGGUGCAGACAACUUUUAUUCGAUGAAUAAAGAAUCGGAAUGCAGUUAGAAGUGUUAUGAGGCCAUUUAUUAAAAAAGUCAGAUUUCUUGCCAUGAAUGAAGAAGAAUUGCAAUCUUUUGUUUUUACAAUGAACUUGUUAAGCGAAGUAGAAAAGAGUCAUAUUUGGCAUGCUUUUAAGUAUGGUUAUUCUUCUUUGUAUCCCAGUUACUUCAGUCGAGAAACAAACACAAGAAGCAGAAUGAAUUAUUGUAAAUUGUUCUCGUACAUAAAUCGUGGAGAUCCUUUUAUGGUCGCAAACUGAGGGAUGAAAGGUUACAUAUAUUUUAGCAGCAAAGUGGUUGUGAGAGAAGAACGUUAUGUCACGACUCUUCGAUUUCCAAUAGAGCUUGGCGAACGUUUUCCAAUAUACGUAUAUGGGUAUAUUAACGAUUUGGACAACGAACCGUUUGCGUUUCACACCGUUUGCAAUCCACGGGGAGUAGCGAAUCUGGAAACGAAGAUUUAUCUCGAAAAACAUUGGUCAAUUCAUUUCUUUGCUUUUUUUUCACGCUGAAAAUGGCCAACCCGAGAUCGAGUUUUCACCUGAACUGAAUUACUUUGUGAGCGACGAAGGAACGGAUGCCAGGAAAUUUGAAGACAAAUUUCUAACCGGUGACAGAAACCUUGUGAAUAAUAUUUACUUUUCGGUUGAUUUAUAU